CUUUUACAGCAACAACAAAUUUCCAAACUCAAAAACACCCAAUUAUAAAGUGUGUCAACACGCACAUAGACCAUCAACCAAACACCAACGGACACGUACGGAAACAUGCGACGCUCUGAAUCUGAAACUGCUUCUUCUUCUUCUAAGAAAUUGGGCAAUCAUGGUGACACAGACACUGAUGAUAGACCUGGCAGCGAAGAGGACAGUCAACAUGUAUUGCAGCAUAUGAAACGCCCACAGAGGUCCCCUAUUGUGUGUCUCACUUUUUUCCUGGCGAUCAUAUAUGGUUCUUGGACCGUUUAUCAUUACCAGUUUGAGAGCUUGCCUUUACCUCUUACUGCUGAGCAAGCCGGCAAAAGGGGUUUCUCUGAAGUUGAAGCCUUGAAGCAUGUCAAGGCCCUCACUGAAUUGGGUCCUCAUUCUGUUGGUUCUGAUGCUCUUCAUCUUGCUCUGCAGUAUGUUUUGACAGCAUCAGAGAAUAUUAAGAAGACAGCUCAUUGGGAGGUUGAUGUUCAAGUGGAGCUUUUUAAUGCGAAAUCAGGAGCAAAUCAUCUGUUCAGUGGCCUGUUUAUGGGGAGAACUCUUGUUUAUUCAGAUCUAAAUCACAUUGUAUUAAGAAUCUCGCCAAAAUACAUGUCUGAAGCAGGAAAAAGUGCUAUUUUAGUCUCUUCUCACAUUGAUACAGUUUUCUCAACGGAAGGGGCUGGAGAUUGCAGUUCAUGUGUAGCAACUAUGUUGGAGCUUGCUCGAGGGGUUUCUCAAUGGGCUCAUGGAUUUAAGCACUCUGUAAUAUUUUUGUUUAAUACUGGAGAGGAAGAGGGUCUUAAUGGUGCUCAUAGCUUUAUAACUCAGCAUCCCUGGAGUCAGACCAUCCGUAUGGCUAUUGAUUUGGAGUCCAUGGGUAUUGGAGGGAAAUCUGGCAUAUUCCAGGCUGGUCCUAAUCCAUGGGCUAUUGAGAACUUUGCAUCGGUUGCCAAAUACCCGUCUGGCCAGAUUAUAGCACAGGACCUAUUUGCUUCUGGGGCCAUAAAAUCUGCAACAGAUUUCCAAGUGUACAGAGAAGUUGCUGGCCUUUCAGGUCUUGAUUUUGCAUAUGCAGAUAAAAGUGCAGUCUAUCACACUAAGAAUGACAAACUUGAACUUCUGAAAUCAGGAUCACUUCAACAUCUUGGAGAAAAUAUGCUUGCUUUUCUGCUUCAGAUUGCUGCAUCUUCUCAUCUUCCUAAAGGAAAUGCAACAGAAGAAGAGGAAAGUGCAGACCAAAACAAUGCCAUAUAUUUUGACAUUAUGGGAACAUAUAUGGUUGUAUACCGUCAACGUUUUGCAAGCAUGCUUUAUAAUUCAGUAAUAAUGCAAUCACUUCUAAUUUGGACUACAUCAUUGUUUAUGGGUGGUUAUCCAGCUGCAGUUUCGUUGGUCUUGUCAUGUUUGAGUGUUAUCCUUAUGCUGAUUUUCGCACUGGGUUUUCCAAUUGUUGUUGCCUUCAUUCUUCCCCUGAUAUCUUCAUCCCCAGUGCCAUAUGUUGCAAGCCCAUUGUUGGUUCUUGGAUUAUUUGCUGCACCUGCUCUUCUUGGGGCAUUAAUUGGUCAAUAUUUGGGUUAUCUUCUUCUUCAAAGAUAUUUAUCAAAUGUAUAUUCCAAGAGAAAGGAGCUCUCACAUGUUAUUCAAGCUUAUUCAAUCAAAUUAGAGGCUGAAAGAUGGCUUUAUAAAGCUGGAUCUGUCCUAUGGCUCAUUCUUCUCAUUUUGGGAAACUAUUAUAGAAUUGGCUCAUCUUAUUUGGCUCUUGUAUGGCUGGUUCCACCAGUAUUUGCCUAUGGCAUGCUUGAAGCGACUCUGACCCCAGUCAGAUUGCCAAGGCCUCUCAAACUUGCAACUUUGCUGAUAGGCUUGGCUAUACCAAUAUUAGUAUCUGCUGGCAUUUUGAUUCGGGUGGCAGGCACAAUAGUUGCAACUUUGGUUCGAUUUGAUCGUAACCCAGGUGCAAAUCCUGAAUGGCUUGGAAAUGUGAUAAUUGCUACUUUCAUUGGUGUUAUGACAUGCCUGACUUUGGUGUAUCUUCUUUCGUACGUCCAUCUUUCAGGUGCAAAGAGACCAAUUUUCCUUUCAACAUGCUUGGUAUUUGGUCUCUCAAUCCUCCUUGUAACAUCGGGUGUAGUUCCACCAUUUACCAAAGAUACUGCUAGAGCUGUAAAUGUUGUGCAUGUUGUGGACACAACAGGAGAUCAAAAUCCUAGCUCAUAUGUAUCUCUGUUUUCUACAACUCCUGGAAAGUUGACAAAGGAAGUUGAUCAGAUUAAUGAAGGCUUUGUCUGCGGCAGAGAUAAAGUUGUUGAUUUUGUUACUUUUUCAGUCAAAUAUGGUUGUUGGACCUACAAAGACACUGAUGGUGGAUGGAGAGAAUCAGAAGUUCCCUUGCUGCAUGUUAGUGGUGAUACUAAAGGGGAUGAAAGAGUCACACAAGUUUUAAUUGAUACUAAAGGUUCAACACGCUGGACUCUUUCAAUCAACUUUGCGGAGAUCGAAGAUUUCACAUUCGAAGACGCAGAAAACUCGGAGGAAUUAGUUACAGUUGGCAACAAGGACAGUGUUGAAGGAUGGCACAUCAUUCAGUUUUCCGGGGGCAACAAUGCACCAACAAGGUUUGAUCUGACACUUUACUGGGCAAAAAAUUCUUCCCGCUCAGCUCACAAUCGCCAUUCCCUUCUAAAGCUGAGAACCGAUUUCAACAGAGUUACACCAAAAGUUGAAAGAAUUCUUAUGAAACUUCCUCAAUGGUGUUCGUUUUUCGGAAAGUCCACAUCUCCCCACUACUUGUCAUUUUUAGGCCACCUGCCUAUUAAUUUUUAGGUAGCAAAUUUUUUUUUUUUUUUUUUUUACCGAAAGGGAAGUAAGAUAAAUUCGAGUUUUUUAUUUAUAUAAUUAAAGAAGUGUUGUAUUUCUUGUCAAUAUAUAUGCAGAAAAUUGAAUAUGAUCUAUUAAUGGAGAUGGGUCUGUGAUGUCUUCUUGGACAGAGAUGAGUUUGAUCACAAUGUUUUUAAUAACUUUUGGAAAUUUAGUAGAUUCUUGUUUCUUGUUGUAAAGGAAUACAAUAAGAUUGAAGAUUAUUCUUAAUGAAAUAAGUAGGCAAAAUGUUUAAGCA